ACUGAGAGCAUUGUACGGUUCAUCUCGAGUUUCAUCACAGUCCUUGAUUGACCAGCCUUCUUGAACACAACCAGAAUUUCAUCACUACUUGUCGAUUCGACUUCCAUUCUUCACAUUCUACCUACGACGCCGGACGUCGCUUACCGCCACUGUUGCACCAACAUUCCACCAUGAAGCCAAACUCCAUCCUCGCAGCCCUGCUAGCGACAGCCAGUACAGCGGCAGCCCACGGGUACGUUCAGAAAAUCGAAGUCGCCGGCGAAGAAUAUCCCGGAUACCACCCGGAUAUCGGGGAAUCAUCCGGAGGCCUCAUCGCCUGGUCCACCGAGGCCACUGACCAGGGCUUCGUCCAGGAUCUGCAUUCCCCCGACAUCAUCUGCCACCGAGGUGCAGUUCCGGGCGAUAUCUCUGCUGAAGUCCCAGCCGGUGGCACAGUCACCGUCACCUGGAGCUCAUGGCCUCAAGAGCAUAAAGGGCCAGUGCUGGACUACCUCGCGAAUUGUAAUGGUGAUUGCACGAAUGUUGACAAGACGACCCUUAAAUUCUUCAAGAUAGACGAAGGCGGGUAUGACGGGACACAGUGGGCAACCGAUCAACUGCUCCAGCAGGGUAAGAGCUGGGAUAUUACCGUCCCCAGCGACUUGAAGGCGGGGAACUAUGUCCUGCGUCAUGAGAUUAUUGCCUUGCAUAGUACUACGAAUGGGCCGCAGCCGUAUCCGCAGUGCGUUAACCUUAAGGUUACUGGUGGAGGUAGUUCGGAGCCUGCUGGUGUGCCUGGGACCGAGCUAUAUCAGGGGGAUGAGCCUGGCUUGAAUUUUAAUAUUUGGGAUACGAAGGCUGUGCCGAGCUAUGAGAUUCCAGGGCCGAAGCUUUUCGCGGCGGGUGAUGAUUCUACUGCCCCCACCAGCUCCUCCACUAGUUCUUCUUCUAGCCCAUCCAGUACGUCUACCACCACUCUAGUUUCAACCCCCAGCACAGCCAUUUCCACAUCUACAACUACAACCACCCCAGUCACAAGCUCUAGCAAACCCCUCUUCACACCAACAUCCACCCUCCUCCCCACAGCCACAGGCUUAAGCACAGGAAUAACCCCAAGCUCCAGCCCAUCACACUUAGUGGCUCCAAGCAGCACGCCAGCGAGAUGCGCAGCCUCCACUGUGUUCUAUACCGUCACCAUGACUACGACCACGGCUACAACUCAGUAUAAGACGGAGACGAGGACGAAUUUCCGUACUGAUACGGUGACUGAGACGUCUACGCCUGAGGACUGUGGUUUCGGGCAGUCGACUGUUACUCUUAGUGCUAAUUGCUGAUUAAUACUGAUUACAUUCGCAUACGGUUCAUGUGGGUGAGUGGAGGAGUGCUGAGA